AAAUCACGCUAAUAUUUUGUAUAUUUUCUCCAGAAAAUAUGGCAGAAAUGAAUGGAAUCGUAUUCAGCUGGUAAACAAGGCAAAUCGAAAGUGAAAGCAUUUAUGUACACGGGUAGGUAUCUGAGAAAGGUGCACGACAGAUGCUGUUCGCUAUCAGCACUGCUUCUAUAAUGAGACACCUCAGCAUAUCCAGUAUCCAGCUGUGUGUCUAUGAAGAGUAUAAGAUCAGUAGUUGUGUACUCUGAUCACAGGAAUAAUAUAUUGAGCCCAGUAUGCAGAUUUAGUCCAGAUGUGGAGUUUGUGAGCAGGUUUUGACAGAUCAGACCAGUGCACCUGAAGACCUUAACUGUCCUCAAUGUAGAACGAAAUCCAGAACACACAAAGUCAUGGAAGAAUCCAGUUCUGCUGAUUUUGCUCAAUGCUGCACAGAACCAAACCUGCUGAAUGAGACUGAAGACCUUUAUCAGGAUUCUCAUCAACCAGUAGAUGAUGUUCUGCAGAGAGUCAAAGACCAACACAAAACCAUCAUGAAGAACAAGUUUGAGAGUUUAUUUGAGGGAAUCAAACUCCAAGAGAAUCAAACCCUCCUGAAGAGGAUUUACACACAACUGUAUGUCAUAGAGGAAGAGAGUGAAGGAGUGAAUGAAGAACAUGAGGUUUUACACAUGGAGAAAAACACCAGAACACAACACUUACAAGACACAACAAUCUACUACAAUGACAUCUUUAAACGCUUACCUGAACCAGAAUAUAAAACAGAGAAAAGAAGAGAGAGGAAAGACAAAAUCAAGAGCGUUCUUACUAAAGGCAUCGCUGGAAUUGGAAAAACCGUCUCCGUACAGAAGUUCAUUCUGGAUUGGGCAGAGGGAACAGCCAAUCAGGAUGUAGAUUUCAUGCUUGUGUUUCCGUUUCGAGAGCUGAACUUGAUUCAAGAUGAUCAGUACAGUCUUCACAAACUUCUGCUUGACUUUCAUCCUGAACUUCAAGAUCUGGACUCAAAGAUUUAUGAUGAGUGUAAAGUUGUGUUCAUCUUUGAUGGUCUGGAUGAAAACAGAAUGACACUGAUGUUUUCUGACGCUGAGAAAAUUUCUGACGUGAGUGAGACUUCAUCAGUGCCUGUGUUGAUAUCAAACCUCAUGAAAGGAGAUCUGCUUCGUUCUGCUCUCAUCUGGAUCACCUCCAGACCAGCAGCAGCCAAUCAGAUCCCAUCUAAAUACAUCAACCGUCUGACAGAAAUACAGGGAUUCAAUGACGAUCAGAAGGAGGAAUAUUUCAUGAAGAGAAUCAGUGAUGAACAUCAAGCCAGCAGAAUCAUCUCACACGUCAGAAGAUCAAGAAGUCUCCACAUCAUGUGUCACAUACCAGUCUUCUGUUGGAUCUCAUCCACUGUGCUUCAAAACAUCCUGAAACAAGACAAUGAGAGAGCAGAAAUCCCUAAAACUCUGACUGAAAUGUACAUCCACUUCCUGCUGAUUCAGAUGAAUAUGAAGAAUGAGAAGUAUGAUGAGAGAGAUCCAGAGAAACUCCUGCAGUCCAACAGAGAAGUGAUUGUCAAACUGUCUGAACUGGCUUUCAAACAGCUGAUGAAGGGUAAUGUGAUGUUUUAUGAGGAGGAGCUGAGAGAGUCUGGCAUAGACAUCACUGACGCCUCAGUGCAUUCUGGGAUUUGUACUGAGAUCUUUAAGGAGGAAUCUGUGAUGCAUCAGAGGAAAAUCUACUGCUUCAUACAUCUCAGCUGUCAGGAGUUUCUGGCUGCAUUUUAUGUGUUUUACUAUUACAACAGCCUAAAAUCAGACACGUUUUUUGAUAUAAUUUACACUUUACUUAAAGGCACAGUAGAUAAAGCUCUUCAGAGUGAAACUGGACAACUGGAUCUUUUCCUGCGAUUCCUGCUGGGCAUCUCACUGGAGUCCAAUCAGAGACUCUUACAGGAUCUACUGACACACACGGUGGACACCUCAGAAACCAUCAAGAAGAUCAUAACACACAUUAAAACCAAAAUCAAAGCCAUGAAUAUUUCAGAGCAUAUCUCCACUGAAAGAUCCAUCAAUCUGUUUCUGUGUCUUCUUGAAGUGAACGAUCAGACUCUGUACAGAGAGAUUGAGGAGUUUGUGAGAUCAGACAAACACUCAGAGAAGAAACUCUCUGCUGCUCACUGUUCAGCAAUAGCCUACAUGCUUCAGAUGUCAGAGGAGGUGCUGGAUGAGCUGAAUCUGAAGAAAUACAACACAACAGAGGAGGGAAGAAGACGACUCAUACCAGCUGUCAGCAACUGCACAAGAGCUAUGCUUGCUGACAGUAAACUUACUUAUCAGUGCUAUGAAGCUGUGGCUUCAGCUCUUCAAUCCUUAAACUCACCUGUGAGAGAUCUGGAUGUGAGUAACAAUGACCUGCAGGAUUCAGGAGUGAAGCUCAUCUCUGAUGCUCUCAAGAGUCCAGACUGUAAACUACACACACUGAGAUUAUCAGGUUGUAUGGUGACAGAUGAAGGUUGUUGUUAUUUGGCUUCAGCUCUGAGUUCAAACCCAUCAUCACACCUGAGAGAGCUGGAUCUGAGCUACAAUCACCCACAACACUCAGGACGCCAGAUGCUCUCAAAGAGACUCAAUGAUACAAACUGCACACUCAAGAAACUCAUUUUGGACCAUGGAGGAGAGACCAGGAUUAGAAAAGGACUACGAAAAUAUGCUUGUGAUCUCACACUGGAUUCAAACACAGCACAUACUGGUCUCAUACUGUCUGAGGACAACAAGAAGGCCAUUCGUGUGGAAGAACCUCAGCCGUAUCCUGAUCAUCCAGACAGAUUUGAGUGUUUUGAGCAGGUACUGUGUAAAGAGAGUCUGGCUGGACGCUGCUACUGGGAGGCUGAAUGGGGUGGACGGGGAGCUGGAAUUUCAGUAGUUUAUAAAGGAAUCUGCAGGAAAGGCCUGAGUGAGGACUGCUGGUUUGGAUACAAUGAGAAGUCUUGGAAUCUCUACUGUUCUAGCAGAAGUUACUCUGCUUGUCACAAUCUAAAGCAAACAGAUAUACCUUCAACAUCACCACCGUCUAAUAGAGUAGGAGUUUAUCUGGACUGGCCAGCGGGCACUCUGUCCUUCUACAGCGUCUCUGAUACACAAACACUCACACACUUACACACAUUCAACACAACAUUCACACAACCUCUAUAUGCUGGAUUUGUGCUUUAUCCAGACUCACCUGUGAUGUUGCGGUAGAACAGCAUGAUCACCCUACAAAGCUCAAAGUUUGAUGAAAACAAAGAAACGUAUAUGAGUAUACCAGUGGUUCUACAAUUGGAAGUAUAUUUGGCAUCUUCAGGGUAAACCUUAAUUUAAAAAAAGUUAAGAAUUAUGUUUGAGCAACACAAAUUAUAUUAAUGUGUAUUGUAGGGGAAAUUUGGACUGAUUGACACCAUUUGUUGACUGUCUUUGCCUCAUGGUUUGUACACUUAACUGAAAUUAUCAAAGUCUUUUUAUUUAUUUUUUAUUCUAAAGUUAUAAAGAAAAUAGAUAUUGUAAGCAAUUUUAGGAUAUGUUGUAUGAUGUCUGUCCCUAUACUGUGUUCAACUCUGUUGCCUUUGUUAUAAAACCGCAUAAAAAGUAUUUGUAUUAAAGGCGGAGUGCACAAUGUUUGAAAGCCAAUGUUGAUAUUUGAAAUCACCUAAACAAACACACACCCUACCCCAAUAGAAUGUGGACCUUCUUUUAAAAGACCCGCCCCACACAUACGCUAAAAGUGUGUUUUGGUAGUUGGCCCGUCUCCUUUUCCAAAGAGUUUUUUAAACAUUGUGCACUCCGCCUUUAAAAGGAACCUGUAUGACCUGCACCCUGUGAUAUCAGUGAAUUCAAAAUUAUUAUAAAUGUUACAGGUUUAAAAUCAAACUUAAAUUUAAUUAACUUUUUUAAUUUAAGUUCAUGGGAAAAAACUCCCAUUCCUAUUUUUUGCUGUUUGUAUCCUUUUCAACUAAAAAUGUAUCCACACUUCUGUAAUGAGCAAUAUUUACACAUCUCAUUUGUACAUUAAUAUAUUUUUAGAAAGUUUACAUUUCUAAUGACAAUUUUUACAACGGCAAGAUUCUUUGAUGGUUAAAUUGUUUGAUUGAAAAGUAGUAGGCAUGUACAGUACAAGAAUUUAAAACAAUGUGUGUUUUAAGUAACUACCGCGACUGUUUACAAUUACUGUUAUCAAUUAUACUUGCUUUUUAGUGUAGGAAACGCAUCUGAGUCAUGCAAUGAUUCCUACAACAUGCAACGCAUAAGAAAAUAACAAGUAGUGUUAUUUUAACAAAGCUAUGCAGAUUGUAUCAGGGACUGUUUUCUUGUAAACUUUAUUAAUAAUUUAUUUUCUGUACAUCCAAGUACACAACUAAGUGCCUAGACUGGUAGCUAAUUACAAAAGUUGUGGUAAUCCUAGUAUUUUUCUUUUUCAAUGAUAUUGGAUACAGAUUAUUUAAUAGAAAUUUUUAUUUUUCUUAAGAUUUUUCAUACUGUACAUCACACACCUAAAAUGACUGAAAUACAAUCUGUAUUUGUAGUCGUAAUUGCGAUAUUUUGGACAAUGGUGACAUAAGAACAGUGCAAGAAAUUUAAAAAUACAUAAUAAAAACACAUUUUGAUGAGGAUUUAUUUAGUGAUCUCAUAUUAAUAAUUUUUAUAAACAAUUGGACCACACUUUUAUUAAUGAUAUUGUUUAAUAAAAAUAAGAGAAAAGCAUGUGAUGUUUAUAUUAGUGAGAAUGCGAACUGCUUACAGACACUGGAGAACAUGUGUUGUGGUUUCCCUUCUUCUUGAAUAAAACAUUUAAAAUCAAAACCUAAGACUAAAGACUAU